GAGCGCGAGCGGUGUGUUUGUGUUGGAAGAAAUUGCAAGGUCUGUCUAUCUGAGAGCAGCACACACAAUGUGUGCUGCUUGCUGCUGCUGCUGCUACUGAGUCGCGGGAAUGGGAGAAUGAGUGAAAGAUAGGUAUCUGUCUUCGUGGAAGCAAUUUUAGUUCAACGGGAGCGAAAAUUUGCACGCAGAAAUUGUGCCUCUGGUAGGAAAUUGGUCAAAUUGCAACGGAAAUCCAGCGAUUCCGGUGCCUGUAGUGCCGCGAGGUUUGUCAAUUUGGUCGUCCGGUUGGUAGUUCUCGGGCGCCUGCAAGUGAUCGUCACCAAUGUGAGAAGAAACCUCGCUCGUAUGUAUUGCUAAAGGAAAAAAAAAGAAAAUGGAACAAGCAGACGUUGAAAGUCGUUGUCGACUGUGCUUCUCUGUGGAGGAUCUUUCGUACUCCCUCUUCCCGCCCGAAGAGGAGCCCCGUCGGGAGGUGAUCGAAAUGAUACUGGAGUGCACCUCGAUACGGAUAACCUUGGAGGAAGACUACCCCUCGAAAGUAUGCGAGAAAUGCUUGGAGACGUUAGACAAGUUUUACCAAUAUCGACAGCGAUGUCAACAAAAUGAUAGAAUAUUGAAAUCUCAGCGAGGCUCGACAUCUUCAUCCUCAUCGUCAUCCACUAACGCCAAGCCUACUCAGGAACAACAACAGUUGGUUCAGGUGAAACAGGAACCGGAACAUUAUGAGGAACAAGUGUCAUACCCUGCGGUGAUAGCACCAGAACUAGAGCAGCGUGCUCAACCGAUCAAGCAAGAAGAUCCAGGAGGCUCAUCUAUUCUGAGAAGCAUUUUACUGCAAAAUCGAGAGCCUGAAAGGGCACCACUAGCAGCACAAGAACCUGAGCAAAAAAAUUUUGCUUCACCUCAGCAGCAGCAACAACAACAACAAGGUGGAGGAUAUGAUGAUGAUAAACAACAUCAUGAGGGCGGCAGUGAGCCCGCUCCGGCUUCGCUUCUACAGCAGAUGCUUCUCCAGCAAUCUUCUGUGCGAGAUUCUCAAUCACCAGCGCAGGCUGGACCUAGCAACCCUAACGCGUCUCCCUCGCUUCUGAAACGAAUGCUCAUGGAGGGGGGAGGCCGACAGUCUCCCCUCGAAGGACCGAGCACAAUGAAUCACAAACGUGAGUCGUCCCCACAUGAACUCAACCACAACAAAUCACAUUCCGAAACGCCACUGACCUCGCAGCUGCGGGCGAUUCUAAUGCAGCAUCGGGCAGCGGCUGCAGCCAUCGUCGCCACUACUCCGGGCGCCAGCAGCGGGUCGAUGGAGCAGAUAAGUGCGGCAGCUGCUGCCGCUGCAGUCGCAAUAAGUGCGACAAAUCUGGAGAAACAGGAAGUGAGCUACUUUAAAAGUUUGUUCCGUCGCGAUUCCGACAGUGAUAGUGAAGCGGGUGGCAGCCGGGAGGUGCUUUUCAAUAUGCUACAAGAGCUGAGGGCGAGGAGUACGCAAACCAGCGAAGAGGCGGAGGAUUCGGAGGAGUGUGCCUUUGACUAUCGAGUUCCCAGCGUGCGGCGACGCAGUUCCGAGUCAACCGAUUCGCGCAAACGCUUCAAGAACGAAUUCAACUGUAUUCUGUGCGGGCGAGUUUUCCUCAAGCGAUCCAAGCUGGUCAUCCACAUGCGAACCCACGUUAUACCGGCUUCGGCGGUGGUGUCGGUUCCAUCCACAUCGGCACCAGCUUCGACCGUACUAACUCCUUCGACGCCCGUUGCGAUUCCCUCGACAUCGCGAGCCAAUUCUAUGUCCUCGGUUCCGACGACGUCCGUAGCGCCAAAUCUGACGCCAAUCCCGUCCACGUCGUCGCGGAUUGGUAGUGCUGUACAAGCAGCUAGCAACACAGCGGCUGCCGCUGCCACCGCUGCAGCGAUAACCGCCAGCACUAGUCCUGUAAAAAUCGAGGCUGCAGCUGCUGCAGCGGCUUCGAACAGUGCUGUGGUGCCGGGCACUGUUCCACAACCAAUACCCGGCACUAGCAACAGUGCCACCGUCGCUGGCACCGUCGAAGAUGACGAGGAGAACCGUCAGAUUGAUUUACUCGAGAAGCGAUCGUACGCUUGCUACAUCUGCAACACCGACCAGACCAACUUGCAGCAGCUCAGGGAACACCUAUCGCACGCACACCAGGAUCGUAUUCGAUCCCGGGGACGGGCCCGAGAGCGAACGAAGGCGAUGAUCUACUGCAAGUACUGUAACCGCCAAUUUCGCAGCCAAUUCGCCUACGGAGAGCACAUGCGGAUACACACCGGCGAGCGGCCGUUCACUUGCAAUUUCUGCAACAAGCGGUUCCCCCGGCGCUACCAGCUGCUCGGUCAUCUGUUCAGUGCCCACAAACAGGAGUGGGCCACGAGCGACUCCAGGGGGAAAUUUUGCAGGAGACCACACUGAUCGGGGGAGCAGCUUCCUAUACGUGUGUGUAUUUGUUGAAAGCCGUCUUCUGUUUUAAUUUUUAUUUUUUGAUACAUUUAUAACGAAUGCAAAUUAUACCUUUUAUCAUCUGUUGAGACGUAUAGUAUAUACAAUUUUAUAUCGAA